UUUAUGCAAGACACUUGUUUUGUCCUUGGGCUUCUCUUGAAUCUGAGUAUUUGGGGCAAGGAGCCCCCCUUGGGUAGCCCUCCAAAGAGAAAAAUGAAGGCAAGACGUUUUGAUAUGGUCACCAUGCUGCUGGCAGCUCUGAUUCUAAUGGACAUUUUCCAGGCGACGGCUGAGACGUUAGACAUGGCGGAUAGCGCGUUCGACGACGAGUACCUGAGAUGCACUGACAGAAUGGAGGUCAAGUAUGUUCCCCAGUUGCUCAAGGAGGAGAAAGCAAGCCAUCAGCUCUUGAAGGAUGUGUGGGAAAACGCAGAAGCCAGAUGGCAAGCCCAGAAGACGCGCCCCUUCCUCCCGAGGAGUUUUACAGAUGACCACGGAAUAGCACUGACGGCGUUCGCUGCUGAAGCUCGAGCGCAGACGCCCUUUCACCGCGUGUUCAGCGAAGCUGUGAAGACGGCCGGCCUGUCUCGGAAAGACUACGUCUAUGACUUCCAGUUCAAAGCUUUUCAUUUUUAUCUGACAAGAGCGCUGCAGUUGCUGAGAAGACCUUGUGAGGACAGUUACAGAGCUGCGGUCUAUAGUGUAAGCCCCGAUGUGUCCUUCCCGCCCGGAGGGCCCGGCCGCGCCAGGCUCGGCCGCUUCACGCUGGCCUACUCCGCCAGACCGCAAGCCGCCGCCGACCAGCACGUCCUGUUAACCAUCCGCACGUGCUUUGCAGUUGCCAUGGGACACUUUUUUGAUAAAGAAAGUGAGAGAAUUGUUUUAAUACCCCUGAAUGAGAUUUUUCAUGUGUCACAGGAUGGGACCAGCAAUAACCUUAUCCUUCAAAGCACCAACAAGACCUGCAGCCAUUACGAGUGUGCUUUUCUAGGCGGACUAAAAACGGAAAAUUGUGUGGAGAACACAGAACAUCAUCUCCCCAUCUAUCUCUACAACCCGGUUUCUUCUUAUAACUUAGGUGAGAAAGACCAGAACAUUGAAGACACUGGAGUGAAAAGCCAGGAGUCCCCAGUCUUACCUGGUAUGACAAGCCGUGAAGCCACCCAAAUGCCUGGAAUGAAAAUUCCAGAAACUGUUUCACUACCAGGAAUAAAAGUGGUACAACUGGAUGAAAAACCUGAAGACAAAAGUCAAGAAGAUAUCGGCAAUCCUGCUCCAGAUCCGGUUCCAGUUCCCGGUCCCAAAACCCAUCCCUCUGCAUCCUCUGGCGAAAUGCUCCUUCCACCGCUGGGGACAUUCAUCAUUUCAAUCAUUGCUUCUGCUAUAGAUCUCUUUGUUGCUUUGUAGUCUAAUGUAUUCUUUAUUUACUUAAAAUAUACUCAAGGAAUCCCACAGGAAACCGGCAACAGGAAUGAUGUAUUUUUUCACUUGUUCAUCAAAGUCAUUUGGUAAAAUGAGAACUGAAUAUUUGUUAUUUACUUUGUAAAUUCACAGUUGGUCCAGAUAUAUCAUAGAAUUCAUUUUCGAUUUAUUUCUGUAUUUAUGAUUGCAAAAAAACCCCUGUAUCCUUCUGAUUGAAUUCAAUAAAAGACUUUAAUUUAUUGGAUAUAAUUUCAGUAGAA